AUGUUCCAACCAGCAGGAAAACGUUGUUUUACAAUUGAGUCUUUGGUGGCUAAGGACAACCACUUGCCCUCAGAGGAACCUCUCAGACCUACAGCCCUGAACUACCCCAGCUCUGCGGCAGAUGCAUUUGCCAAUGGUUUCCCCAGCCCAGCUGGUAGGUCCCUGUACAACAACCCAGAGCUGGUGUUCCCCGAGGCUGUAAGUCACCCCUCACUGACUGUGCACCCUCACCAGCUAGGGGCAUCACACUUCCAGCACCCACACUCAUUCUUUGGGUCCCAGCACAGAGAUCCACUCAACUUCUACCCUUGGGUGCUGAGGAACAGAUUCUUUGGACACCGAUUUCAAGGGAGUGAAGUAUCCCAGGAAAGUUUGCUACUUCAUGGUCCCUUUGCCAGGAAGCCCAAGCGGAUCAGGACAGCGUUCUCCCCAUCACAGCUUCUCAGGUUGGAGAGAGCGUUUGAGAAGAAUCAUUAUGUUGUGGGCGCAGAAAGGAAACAGCUGGCCAGCAGUCUUAGCCUAUCAGAAACACAGGUGAAGGUUUGGUUCCAGAAUAGGAGAACAAAAUACAAGAGACAGAAACUGGAAGAAGAAGGACCAGAUUCUGACCAAAAGAAGAAAGGGUCACACCAUAUCAACAGGUGGAGGUUAGCCACCAAACAGCCCAAUGGAGAAGAUAUUGAUGUCACCUCUAAUGACUAGCUGGGGGUAUUCCCAAAGGAGGAAGAAGAAUCCAAAACUCCCAGUGACUUCCCAGAGUUGCAAUUUGGAAAUAUGAAUAAAACACUUUGAAUCUGAGAGAGCUUAUUUAAAUACCAAGGAGUUUGUUAUAGACAUAUUAAUGCAUAGGACAGACGAUGACUGGGAAACCACGUGACCCAU